AUGGUGUCAAAUGGUGAAAAGUUUGAAUACAAAAUAUCAUGGCGUUUUGGAUAUGAAAUGAUUCAUUGUUUGCUUUGCCCGAAAGUUUACUCAGACAAAAAACCUUUUAGAAAACACUUAUACACGCAUAUUUCCACUAGACUGUUUGAAUGCGAUGUCUGCAAGAAAUCAUUUAAAACCAAAUGUGAACAAAAGGCGCAUACUAACAGACAUAUGUCGUCUGGUAAUAAAUAUAAAUGCGAUAGCUGCGAUAAAGUAUUGCACAGCAAACUAGCUUUGGAAAACCACAUAAGACGACAUAAGAAAGAUUAUACCGUUAAAUGCGAUUCUUGUGAAUCAGGAUUCUAUUCCAAAGGCGAAUAUCAGAAGCAUUACAAUCGUAAACAUCUUGGAAUAAGCGAAAAUAUCUGCGACGUUUGUAGUAAAUCGUUUUACAAUAAACACGGAUUAAUGGAACACAAAAAAUUACACGAAGACAAAGAACCUGCGUUUCAUUGCGAGUUUUGUGAUGCCAAGUUUGUAAUUCAAAAAUCCUUUAAGCGCCAUUUGACUGUGUAUCAUUCAGGAGAAGGGCCAAAAUCGUACAUUUGUCAUAUAUGCGGAAAAUCACUGUCAUCAAAAUCUUACCUUACAACGCACAUCCAAAUUCACGAUGGAAUCAAACCGCACAGUUGCCCCACUUGCAAUAUGGAAUUUACAAGCAAAAAUACACUAAUUUCUCAUGUAAGAACACACACAGGCGAGAAACCAUACGAGUGUGAAAUUUGCAAAAAAGCUUUUUCCCAAAUAAGUGCACGAAAUCUUCACUUAAAAAAACAUUUGGGAGACAAACCAUUUAAAUGUGAACUAUGCGAUGAAUCUUUUGUAUCAAAAGGAGUUUUAAAUAUGCAUAAGAAAACGAAACAUAAAAUAAUUGCCACACAAGCCAAAGUUAAAAUUAUGCAAUGA